CCGCGGAGCAUGAUGGGAGCUGUAGUCCCGGAAGUGGCUCGAAGGGGCCCAUGGGGCUCCGGGAAGACACUUGGGGGACACUUUUGUGUCCGAGCCGUGGCUGGAGGAGCUCGGGGGGAACGUGUACGGCUCGGGAGCAAUUGGGGGGAGCCUGGAGAGCUCUAAGCGGGCUCUUUACGGCGCGGCGCAUGGCAGUCCACCAUGUCCAGAGUGAAGAAAUGUCCAACAGCAGCUCCUUCAGCUACUUCCUCCUGCUGGCACUGGCAGACACGCGGCAGCUGCAGCUCCUGCACUUCUGCCUCUUCCUGGGCAUCUCCCUGGCUGCCCUCCUGGGCAACACCCUCAUCAUCAGUGCCAUAGCCUGCAGCCACCACCUGCACAGCCCCAUGUUCUUCUUCCUGCUCAACCUGGCCCUCACUGACCUGGGCUGCAUCUGCACCACUGUGCCCAAAGCCAUGCACAAUUCCCUCUGGGACACCAGGACCAUCUCCUACUCAGGAUGUGCUGCACAAGUGUGUCUGUUUGUCUUUUUCAUCUCAGCAGAGUAUUUCCUGCUGACCAUCAUGUGCUACGACCGCUACGUGUCCAUCUGCAAACCCCUGCACUACGGGACCCUCCUGGGCAGCAGAGCUUGUGCCCACAUGGCAGCAGCUGCCUGGGCCAGUGCCUUUCUCAAUGCUCUGCUGCAUACAGCCAAUACAUUUUCCCUGCCCCUGUGCCAGGGCAAUGCCCUGGGCCAGUUCUUCUGUGAAAUCCCACACAUCCUCAAGCUCUCCUGCUCCAAAUCCUACCUCAGGGAACUCGGGCUCAUUUUCCUAAGUGCUUUUCUCUAUAUUGGCUGUUUUGUGUUCAUUGUUUUCUCCUAUGUGCAGAUCUUCAGGGCUGUGCUGAGGAUCCCCUCUGAGCAGGGACGGCACAAAGCCUUUUCCACCUGCCUCCCUCACCUGGCCGUGCUCUCCCUGUUCCUCAGCACUGGCAUUUUUGCCAACCUGAAGCCCCCCUCCAUCUCCUCCCCAUCCCUGGAUCUGGCAGUGUCAGUUCUGUACUCGGUGGUGUCUCCAGCCCUGAACCCCCUCAUCUACAGCCUGAGGAACCAGGAGCUCAAGGCUGCCCUGAGAAAAUUGAUGACUCUGUAUUUUCACAAGUAUUAAACUCUCUCUUUUCUGCUGCAGAGCCUUUUGAAUGUAACUCUUUGUAAUCUCUGCCUUAUUAUUCCCUGUUUGUGCAUUUAUUCAUCGGUAAUUUUUUCUACUGUUGUUGUGUGUUUUACAAAUACUGUAGUAUUAGUUUUUGUAUUUCUACAUGAAUAUCUACCUUUCUUUUGAAACACAAAGACCUGCAAGAGGUCUGUUCCCUGUGCAUUUAAAUAAAAACAAGUGCCUGCCCUGACCUGUGUGUCCAGGAUCAUUCCUCAGUGCUUCUCUGGCUCUGCAGUGAAUGAUUUUGGGUACCUUAACACCUCAAGGGUUAAAGGUUUGCAGGUUAAAUGGGCUAACUUAA